UAUAUGGGACAACUUCGCAUCCUGAAAAACACCCGCCGAAGUCAUGGAGAAAACCAGUACUAAAAAAGAGCAAAAAAACAGAGUGUACAAAGUAAAAUUGAGACGUAGCAAAGCGAAUGCCCGCGAACGAAACAGAAUGCACGGUCUCAACGCCGCACUGGACAAACUCCGAAGCCGCAUGCCUAUACAACUCACCCACUCUGAUAUAAACUCAGCCCCGCAGAAGCUCUCUAAGAUCGAGACGCUGCGUCUGGCACGCAACUACAUCAUCGCAAUGAGUCAGACGCUCCAAGAAGGCAAACCCAUGGAUCUGAACAGAUUUAUCAAGAUUCUGAGCAGGGAACUGAGCCAGACGACCGCCAAUCUUCUGUCCGGCACGCUCUGCGACAGCUUUGGCCAGAGGAAGUAUUACGAGUGCGGUCAGGAGUGUGUGUAUUACGAAGAUUAUAAUUGUAAUAACUAUUGGGGUGAUUAUAACGUUAGUGGUAAGAGUGUGAAUACAACGAGAUAUUGGGACAAUAGUUACAUGUUUAACGAACAUUGUUUGUACGGUGCUUAUUGAACUUAAAAAACAAUAAAUGUCUAAAAAAGUAUGAGUGUUUUAUUUCAGAAGUUGUGUUAGAAAUUUGAAAGAGUGUACACAAAAUAAAAUGAUCUCAAUGCUGUACUGGACA